CUGAUGAUCUGAAUAUGUACACAUUUCAUAGAGCAGUUUUCAUAGCGCCAUUACAUUUAAAAACCUCUGGUGAAGUAUUGAACAAUGGCAGCAGCUAAAGCUUGCAAUUCACAGCAGAGUCCCAAAUUCGACAAUAAUUUAAGCAAACCUCAAAACUUUGGUGUUUCCCAACCCUGGUUCUGGAGGCACACCUUCCCUGCACAUUUUAGUGUUUUCCCUACUCAAUCACACCCACUUCUAUUCACAGAAAGUUGUUAAUUAUCUGAUUGUUUAAAUCAGGAGUGCUGGGAGCAAAGAAAACAAUCAAAUGUGCAGGGCAGAUGUGCCAUCAGGACCAGGGUUGGAAACCAACGGUGUAGCCUACAUAAUUUAUUAAAUGGAAUGUCACUAAAUUUUCACCCUCUCUAUCCUGCAUGAAAAAGGAGGUGGAACGUAGGAGUUUAGGACCUAGGGAGGUUUUACAGCUGUGCCCAUGUUACAGCUGUGAUUAUCUGUUCCUUUUAAUUCCGUUAAGUUGUGUUCGGGUGCUGUUUCUCUGAGAUCUUACACACUGUUUCGCUGCUACAUUGUCGCUGCAGACUGGAGACACUUCUGAUCUCUCUCUCUCUCUCUCUCUCUCUCUCUCUCUCUCUCUAUUUUCCCUAUAUAUCUAUAUAUCCAUCUGUCCCUGUGUAAGAUCACUGCUGCAACACGUCUGCAAAAGAGGCGGAACCGAGCCAGUAACGUUUGCAGAGUUUGUUCGGGACCUUUUUUUUGGUGGCUAAAUGCGUGACAGUUUCGGUAUUGUUUAGGAAAAGGUGUGUGUGUGUGGGGUGGAGAGAGUGAGUGUGUGAGAUAUAUAUAUAUAAAUAGAGAGAGAGAGAGAGGCAGAGAUGUUCAUUAAAUUGGCGCUGUGGGCGCUGUAUGCGUACUGCGCAUGCGCGAUGUGUAACGCGGAUCCCACCCAGGAGCUGAUCAUUGAUCGAUACUCAUUACCGAUCCGCUGUGGCAGAGAGGUUCAGGUCGGUGAUUAUGUCCGGUACCAUUAUACAGGAUCGUUUCCGGAUGGGAGGAUCUUCGACUCCAGCGAGGCAAAGGGCAAGGCAUUAGUUUCACUGGUGGGUGUGGACAGUAAGGUGAUUCUUGGCUUGGACAAAGGAGUGAUCGGGAUGUGUGUGAACGAGAGGAGAAAGAUCACUGUCCCCCCUCACCUUGGAUAUGGCGUCUCUGGAGCUGGUACAGUGAUUCCUCCUGAUGCAACUCUGGUGUUUGAUGUUGUGCUGUUGGACGUGUGGAAUAAGGACGAUGGUGUGGACACACGUCUACUCUUUAAGCCAUCGUCAUGUCGCCGCUCAGUGCAGCAUGGUGAUUUUGUGAGAUACCUUUAUAACGGCUCACUGAUUAAUGGCACAAACUUUGAGAAUAGGUAUGGUCAAAAAGUCACAUAUGACACAUAUGUGGAUGGAGAUCACCUGAUCAGUGGCAUGGUGCAGGGGCUAAUAGGAAUGUGUGUGGGAGAGAGGCGCUCCAUCAUCAUCCCACCAUUUUUAGCCUUCGGAGAGAAAGGAUACGGUGUGAAGGUGCCAGCUUAUGCGACGGUGGUGUUUGAUGUGCUGCUUAUUGAUCUGUUUAAUGUCAAGGAUGAUGUUCAGGUAGAAGUUCUCCAUGUUCCUCAUCAUUGCACAAGAAAAUCAAAGAAGGGAGACUUCAUACGUUAUCACUAUAAUGGAACCUUCCAGGAUGGAACACUAUUCGACUCCAGCUACCAUCGGAACAGUACAUACAAUACGUUUGUGGGUUUGGGCCAUGUGAUCGCCGGAGUGGAUAAGGCGUUACAAGGAGUGUGCAUGGGAGAGAAGAGACACAUCAUCGUCCCUCCACACCUUGCCUAUGGAGGGAAUGGGACAGGUGACCUUAUUCCCGGUUCGGCUGUGUUAAUCUUUGACCUUCACAUCAUUGACUUCCACAAUCCAAAAGACUCAGUGGAAAUUCAGAUUACUCACAAACCCCCGCAGUGUAACAACACUAGUGAAGCUAAUGACCUUGUCAUUUAUCACUACAACUGCUCUCUGCUGGAUGGAACCCGACUUUACUCCUCUUCUGACUGGGGCAGACCUGCACAGGCGACGCUGGGUCAAGCAGAGGUCAUUGAGGGGCUGGAUCAAGGGUUAAAGGGCAUGUGCGAAGGAGAGAAGAGGGAGGUCAUCGUUCCGCCCCACUUUGGACAUGGACAAAAUGAAGGUUCUGUGGUUCCGGCAGAUGCAGUGUUACUUUUUGAACUGGAGUUAUUGGAGUUGAAAAAAGGUGUUCCUCAGGGCUUUCUGUUUGUCUGGCUGGAGAAUAUUCCUGAUCCUCUGUUCAGCUUUAUGGACCUGAACCAGGAUGGAGAAGUCCCACUGGAGGAGUUCACAGCAUUCAUCCAGUUGCAUGUGUCAAAGAGGAAUGGUCGUCUCCACCCUGCAAUGGACCCUGAUGUAAUCAUCAGAGAGAUGUUCACCAGCCAAGAUCAGAACGCUGAUGGGAGAAUCACAGAAGAUGAGCUGAAGCUUAAAACGGACAAGACGACAGGACAUGAUGAGCUCUGAGAAAGUGCCAUAAUAUUAUUAGUGAAGCCUGUGUAAUACAAUCAGUGACUAACACCUGCAAAGGUGAAUCAGGAUGUGCUAAAGAACUCAUUACCAGUUCAUCAAGAACAUCAGGAUAAAGAGCACACACACACACACACACUCACAUUCACAUGAUUUUCAUGUUUUUUUUUUUAAAGAAAUGUACAGAAAUGUGACUAUAUAAACUACUCACCUUCAAGUUAUAGGUAGUGCCUCAUCUUACUCAUCAAGCAGCUGUUUUAUGUGUGUGUGUGUGUGUGAGAGAGAGAGAGAGUGAGAGAGAGAGUGGGGAGGGGAUCAGAGGGGCUUACUAUCAUGCUUCAUCAUAAGAUCCACAUCUUAUGUAGAUGUAGAUUAUUAAUACCAACAACAAUUAAAAUACAUAAUGUGGUUACGUCAACCUGUCAGACAGUAGUGCUGAAUGUAAUACAGUUUCUCACUCCAGGCAAAAUCAUGUACGAAGAAUGAUUAAUUUUAAGGUCAGACAUAUGCAUGGGCAAGCUUCUGCACUAAUAAAUUAUUGCAUAUAUACUGCCCAGAA